AUGUAUCAACUCCAACAACCUUUUUCUGCAUCUCAUGGAGUUUUCAAUCCUCAUUCUUCUGAUUCCUCUUCAAAUAUUCUCGACCAAUACUGGUUCAAUCCAGAUUUGAAUCAAAUUGUUAUAUCCAAACUUGCACCAAGUAGCACAUCUUCUCUCGUCAUUGCUAAUAUUAUUCCUGGAGAAGCUCUUCCGAGUUCCAAAGAUAUCUACGAGCAGUUUCUUGCUCAACAAAGAGAUGCUUUCAUUCCUGGAUAUAGAAAAGAUGCAGGAACAUAUACUUCAGUUUCUAAGAAGAUUGAACGACAAGAGUAUUACAAUAAUCAGAAACCUCAAACUACAUUGGGAAAAGUUCAUCAUGGUGUGACAAUUCAAAACGAAAGAAAUCCGAAUCCACGAGGAACGAUGGGAAACUCGAACUAUUCCUUGCGGAAACAGGUCUGGAUGCCGAUUGUGACACCUGAUAAGUUCAGUUAUACUACCGUGGCACUCGCAAAUGUAUCAAAAGAAGGUGUUCUUCACUGUUUGAUCAGACACGGACAUCAGUUCAAAGCCCUCUCUGGAAACAACAAAUUGAAAAGAGAUGUUAUCGAUAUUCUAAAAUUUGGACCAUUGCGAAACACUGCAAAAGCUAUACGAGAUAAGGACCCGAAAGGUCAAACGAGGGAGGAUCGAGACAGGGAUCACAAUAUUUUUAUGAACGAAACGAAGAAGUUGAGUGAUGAGGAACUCGAAGAGUUGCUGAAACUUCAAUGGGAAAUGAGAGAUGCAAUUCAAAGUAUAGUUCAACAAUCAAACUAUCUUGGUGAAACCAUUAAUGAAAAUGGACAACAAAGAGUUUAUUGGAAAGCAGGACCUCGUGAAGUGAUGGUGAUCUGCUUGUCUGAGCAACUGUAUUUCGGAGAAAUCGGAGCAGAUUCACGAGGAAGAAACCGGAACAUUCGGAAAAUUAUUACAAUUUAUAUCAUUGAUAGCCAAGAUUUCGAAAGAAAGAAGAAGAAUAGCUGGAGUGUUACAAAAACAUUUGCAUGA